CCUCGCUGUGCGCUAGCAUUUUCACCGGAAGUAGAAAGUGUUGGCCGCGGUACAAGCUAAAACCUGCCAAAGAUCAACACUUGAACACAUUUAUUACAAUCCCAUAUUACACUUAUUAUUAGCGUGUGUUAGUGUUUCGUCUACAGUGAUGAGUCUCCAGUGGACUGCCGUGGCCACUUUCUUGUACGUGGAGGUCUUCUUGGUGCUGCUCCUCUGCAUUCCUUUCAUUUCAGCUAAAAGGUGGAACAGCGUAUUUAGGUCUCGGCUGGUCCAAACCAUUACCUUAUAUGGCAACACUUACUUCAUGGUGGCCAUGGCCAUCCUUGUCUUCCUGCUCAUUGAUGCGUUCCGUGAGGUGAGGAAGUACAGCGUGACAGAGAAGGUGGAUUUGACCAACAAUCCCACUGCCAUUGAACACAUUCACAUGAAACUGUUCAGAGCGCAGAGGAAUCUCUACAUUGCCGGAUUUGCACUCCUGCUUUGUCUGUUGCUGCGUCGUCUGGCCACUCUCCUUUCCCAGCAGGCCUCCCUGAUGGCAUCCAACGAGGCCUUCAAGAAGCAGGCAGAGGGCGCCAGCAACGCCGCCAAAAGCUUCAUUGAUGAAAACCAAGUACUGCAAGACAAACUCCGAGAAGCCGGCGUGGAGGUGCCAGAGGUGGGGAAAAAAGGAGGCGGAGUCCGGGAAGAGAACAGGACUCUGAAGGAGGAAGUGAAGACCUUGAAGGACGAACUGGACGCCACCAAGAAAGCUCUCCGUAAGAGCGACGGAGAUGUUUCCGCUAUGAAGAAACAAGCCGCAAACCUGACGCAGGAAUAUGACAGACUCCUGGACGAGCACAGCAAACUACUGGCCAGCGGUGACAAGAAGUCUGACUGAGGAGGAUGAAAAUAGAUGCUCUCGAUCAUCAUCGCGGUGGUGGGCCUGCUCCGUGGUGUGAUGUCACUUCCUUUUGGAGCCUUAAAGCACCUUGUUGUUUGUUUAGUUUGUUUUGUCUUCGAUCCCUUCAAAAUAAGAACUCAUAUUCCCGUUGUUGAGGGUCCCCAAAAAACAUGGGGUGUGCGAGAAAAGGAGCGUAAUCCGAGCGGCACAACGACUUGACACUUGCUUGAACCUCUGCUCUCGCGUAGCAUGACUUGUUAGGCACACUCGCGAAUGUAACGCUUUUGUGUGUGUGACUUGUUUGUCACAUUGUCAUGGAAACUGCAAACACAACCUAUGUGUCACCUCCAAUACACAACUUUAACAAACUUGUGUAAGUGUGUCAAUGUGUGUUCAACAUGCACAUGCUGGAUGGAAAAGGCUUGGGGGUGUUGAAAGGCAGCUGUUGGCCUGCUUUUAGAAAUGACUUUUUUUAGCCCCCCCCCCACUUCAGGAUCUUGUUCCUCAAACUGCUGACUUGGACAAGUGACGGGUGAGUUAUAUUGGGCUCCGUCGUCCACCUUUGUGGUGACAUAUGCGCCAUAUUGGGAAAGAAAUAGGAACGUUCCCAACUAGUCACAGAUCUUCAGAGAGGAGACACACUGAUCCCAUUUCAACUGAGUGACAGCUCCACGAACUUGUUUACCUUUGUUUGCCAAAUCAAACUCGCAUCAGUUAUGCAACAGUGACAUGAUGUUUAGGUCAUCAUUGUUGUUAUUAUUGUUAUCAUUAUUAUUAUACAGUAGCCCAGUGGUCAGCACAUCUGCCUCGCACUUCUGAGGUUUGGGGUUCCUAUUUGUAAUUUGAAUAUUGUCUCCUCCCACAUUCCAAAAACAUGUGGCCUUCUUUGAAUGCUCUAAAUUGGUGGUAGGUGUGAAUGUGAGUUUGGGAAACUUGUUUGCAUGGGCACUGAUGUUAACUGGUUUGCAGUUAGUUUGCCUACACAGUGGUGUGAAAAAAUGUUUGCCCCCCUACCUGAUUUCUUGUUUUUUUUGCAUGUUUGUCACACUUAAAUGUUUGCCAUCAGCACCUUUUGAGGAUCUUUUGGUCGACUUGACCUUGUCGAGCAGAUCCUAUUGAAGUGAUUUCUUGAUUGAGAACAGGUGUGGCAGUAUCAGACCUGGGUAUGGCAAGAGAAAUUGAACUCUAUGAUAAACCACAGUUGUGUUUUAACGGGGGGGGGGGCAAACACUUUUCACCCAGAGCUAUAUAGGUUUGGAAUUUAAUAAUUAAAACCUUCAUAUAAAAAUUGCAUUUUGUGUUGACUUGUUGUCUUUGACUAAUUUAAUUUAUUUGAUGGGAAACCUUUAAGUGUGACAAACAUGCAAAUGCCCUGACAACUGGCGACCAAUCCAGGGUGUACCAUGCCUCUCGCUCACAGUCAGUUGGGAUACACUCCAGCUCACCCGCCACUCUAAAUAGGACAAGUGCUAUAGAAAAAGGAUGAAUGGAUUAUUAUUGUUCAGCUGUUCAAGGGAGAUGGUUAUUUGUUUCACAGUAAUAAACAAAA